GGGCCGCUCUGACUCUCCCUCCGCCCUCCCUGCCGGGCUCCUCGCCGCCGGCCUCGGGCUACCAGGCUUCCCGGGCGCCCCGGCUUCCCAAAGCCCCCUCCGCGCGGCCACCGCUUCCCGCGACUCUGGCGCAGCCCCGCAGCCGACAGCCCCCUCACUCCCGGGACUGAGCCGGGUCACCGGAUGUUGCUGAAACUCCGGGGAUCAUGCGCCGUCUCGGCAGCUCCUUCCCCGCCCGGUGCCUCUCCCGCCGCCGCCGCCCCGGCUGCCGUGGCCCGCGGGGUGCUCAGUAGUCCGCUGCCCGGCCCCCGCCAUCCCGUGUUCCUCGGAAGCCGUUCGCUGCGGCGGAGUUGCGCGAACUAGUCAUGGUGCUGUGGGAGUCCCCGCGGCAGUGCAGCAGCUGGACCCUUGGCGAAGGCUUCUGCUGGCUGCUCCUGCUGCCGGUGAUGCUGCUGCUCGUGGUCCGCCCGGUGAAGCUCGCCGCUUUCCCUACCUCCUUAAGUGACUGCCAAACACCCACCGGCUGGAACUGCUCCGGUUAUGAUGACAGAGAAAACGAUCUCUUCCUCUGUGAUACCAACACCUGUAAAUUUGAUGGAGAGUGUUUAAGAAUUGGAGACACCGUGACUUGCGUCUGUCAGUUCAAGUGCAACAGUGACUACGUGCCUGUGUGUGGCUCCAGUGGAGAGAGCUUCCAGAAUGAGUGUUACCUACGACAGGCUGCCUGCAAGCAGCAGAGCGAGAUCCUUGUGGUCUCCGAGGGAUCGUGUGCCACAGAUGCUGGCUCAGGAUCUGGGGAUGGAGGUAGGAGUUACCUUUUAUAUAUUCAAAGAAUUAUGAGUCAAUUUUUUUUGGUGUGA